UUUGUUCUUUCUUCAGAUCCUUACAAAUUCUUCCGGCAAAUCUCGAAUCGACUUUGUAACACAGGAAGUGGCCAAAUCCAGUUGUGGCAAUUCCUCCUGGAGCUUCUCUCAGAUAGUAACAAUGCCAGCUGCAUCACAUGGGAAGGCACGAACGGGGAGUUCAAACUGGUGGACCCGGACGAGGUGGCCCGGCGUUGGGGCGAGCGCAAGAGCAAACCCAACAUGAACUACGACAAACUCAGCCGUGCCCUUCGCUAUUAUUACGACAAGAACAUCAUGACAAAGGUACACGGCAAACGCUACGCUUACAAGUUCGACUUCGCUGGUCUGGCUCAGGCCAUGCAGCCGUCAACGGCCGACCCCACCAGCUACCGUUAUCAACAGGACCUCUUUCUCACUGGAUACACAAGCUCAAAAAUGAACUUCAUCAACGCCCAUUCCGGUGUGCCACACUCGGCAGCUUCCGGUCUAUUUGCCGCACCGGCUUCUUAUUGGUCAACACCGAACGCCGCUAACAUCUACCCCAACAUCCAGAAUCACAUGGUUUCAAAUCCGGCCGGUCACGUACCAUCACAUCUGGGCUCCUGUUACGCUUAACAAAACACAAACAAAAAACAAA